AUGGCCUUGUCGCGUGUUCCCGGCUUCAGCGAGGAAGAUGAAUACAUCCCAGUGCGACGGGUGAGUCCCGAGAACACGAACUUCCCGCGUGGAUACUCUCAACUCGCGCUGUAUGACCGGCUACCGUAUGGCGUAGUGUACAAAGGAGCUGAGAAUCGAACUGGAAAAAUCGUCACUGUGAAGAAAUAUUGUCGAGGAGUGAGGCGUAGAAAACAUUCAGUUCCAGAGAUUCGAGAGGCUUCUCUGUUGAAGGAGCUCAAACAUCCGAACAUUGUGGUUUUAAAUGCUACCAUACUGGACGGAAAUUUCAUCUUUAUGAUCUUUGAAGAUUUUCCGACAAACUUGAAAAAAUAUAUGAUGUCGCUUGCCGAAGACCAGCUGGUUGACAGAAGCCAGCAGAAGUCCUUUUUGUAUCAGAUGCUGCAAGGUGUGUCCUUCUGUCAUCGUCGCGGUGUUUCGCAUUUUGAUUUGAGGCCAGAAAACCUAAUUCUGGAUGGCAAAGGUACCCUGAAACUUGCCAAUUUCAGUUUGGUAUACGCAGAUGGCACACCGAUGAGAGAUAACGAUUUUAAGACAGUGUAUAAGUUUCCGGAAGAAUUGGAAAAAUCGUUGAGAGAUCGUACAGUUAACCCGGUGUGGUAUAUGUCUCCGGAAGAAAUGCUUUUCGUUGAUUACUGUCCCAAGAAAGCGGAUAUAUGGAGCUGUGGAUGUGUGUUUGCUGAAAUGGCCACCAAAGAUCCGUUGUUUUCGGGUAAUUCAAAAUGCGAACAGCUUGACCAAAUAUUUCGCACUAUUUCAUCACCCGUUAAAGGAAAAGCGCCGACUCCUGAGGUGUACCAGUUUUUUCAUCACCGUUCCGACAGUACACUUGAAAGUGAAUUUGAAAAAUAUAUCGACCCAAGUGGCCUCACAAUGUUGCUGAAGAUGCUUGACUACGAUCCACAGAAACGUCCUUCUGCUAAAACUCUUCUCAGUAAUGCAUAUUUUUCAAAUCUCGAUCUCAACAAAUUUCCUUCUGGCAGUUACGGUCUGCGUCGAUCUCGUUCUUCCCUACCAUGA